AUGAAGGCGAGAAAUGAAACAGCGAAAAGACGGGCAGAGAUGAAGGAGAAAUUGAAGAAUCUGAUUGAGGUAAUGAGAGAAAUAAAGAUUAAAGUGAAGCUGAAAGCAGGGAUUGAGAUGGAGAUAAAGCUGAAAGCAGAAGUUCAAGUGAAGGAGAAAGUAGAAUUGGAAGUGACAAUAAAGGUAGAAGUGGAAGUGAAGUUACAUGCUAAAGUAAAGAUUCAGAUAGACGUGAAGGUAAAAAUAAAGUUAAGACUGGAGACGGUGGUGGAGACGAAGAGAGCGGUAGGUUAA